CGCUAAUCCUCUGCUUCAAAGCCUUGCAGUUGGGUGGGGUGGACAAGGGAAACAUGGUCAGGGAGUUGUAAAGAAGGAAUGUCGCAGACCUGGGAGCGCAUGUAGGCUUUGGGCGAGCAAACAGAGAUAGCAGUGACCUGGAAUAGUGGGAUACAGCGCUGCGCUGACUCCCUUAGGAAACUUCGACCCACAACCUCCAGCUUGAUCCUCUGAAACUCCUGACGUCCCCAGGAGUUUGGGACUCCCAACAUCUCCAUCCAGGCUUCGCCCUGGAGGCCCUAAACUCUGGUGAGGGCUCUGCAGAGGGGGAAUGCUGUGGGGGCUGCUCACCUCCCCCUGCACCCCCUCUAGAGUCACCCGUUCUCACCGUGGUGGGGCCCGGCUUCACGACUGUGGAAGUGUGCCAGGAUGGAGAAGACACGUGCUUGGCAUCAACAGAGGGAGAAAUGGAUGAGAUGAGCAGUCAAGAUCCGUCCUGUACAGAAAUGCUGAGUAAGGACCAAAAGGUACUUUUCCAGAGGUCGGAACCGUCUUUGAACAGCCUGGACCACAACCACCAGAAGGAGCGCCUACCCUCUAUUGUUGUGGAACCCACUGAAUUGAGCGAGGUGGAGAGCGGCGAGCUGCGCUGGCCUCCAGAGAACUUAGACAUGGAGGACGAUGAGGAGGACCUGUUCUUAGAGCAGUGCAUCCCUCCAGCCAAUAUUGCUGACUGGGGAGAAGAGGAAGAAGAGGAAGGGGCUUCGGUGAUAUUGAACCAGCAGCCGGGUCUGACACUCAUCGACCUCCAGGCCGAUGCGUUUCAAGAUGACACUCCAACACUUCCUCCAAGCAGCACUCCAGCCUUCAACUGAGUUCCCUCUUCCGCUCGCCCUGUAAACAUCUGACAUGAACUGUGUCAGCAGAAAGAAAAUAAAAAGGCAACCCAUCA